GCAGCGACACCGGGACCUUCGACUUCGACUGCAGGAGCGCGGCCCGUCUCGCUAGAGGCUAACGAGGGUGCAAUCAGCCAAACUGUAAAAACUGAACAACCAGAGGAAAACAGGCCGGCAUACCUACCUUUGAGUGGUCGAGUCGAAGCAGAAGCCACCUGGCGGGAGCUGAAUGUGUUACUCAGACGACCAGGCAUACACGAGGGAAAAGCGGCCGCACAGAAAUGGGAGGUGGACUCAGUCGAAGAGGCGAAAGGGGUGCGGAGGCUGAUCGGUGUGUUUGGCUGUUUCCAUCGGUGGAGCGAUCUGCUGCUGCAGGCAGCCGCGCCCACCUUGGAGCACCUGAGUGUGCAACACCCCAUGCCGAGCCACAUGCUCGCGAUCCACGCCAUGCCGCGGCUGAAGAGGCUGCAAAUAAUGGGCGCGGGCCUGCGCACCAUGGGCCUAGUGCUGCCCGAACUGCCUCCAGGACACUGCGGCCUGCAGUGGCUCCGGGUAGACGCCGUCUCCGGCGACACGCUCAAGUCCCUGCUGCGGGCCCACGCGGCCUCGCUCGUGGAGCUGCAUCUGGUGGCGGCCUCGGCGACAGGCGACAGGGACAUAGAGUCUCUGGCACUGAAGAAGUGCGGCCUGCCGGCGUUGAGGAGAGUCGUGCUGGAGAAAGCAUGUUAUCUCAACAGAGGGGUCUGCCCGGAGCAGCUCGCUGCGAUGCGGCGUAUGUUGCCCGAUACCCAGGUCCUGUGCCAGAGCUGUGAUAAUGUGGAGAGAGAGCCCUUCUAGACGUGCAUGCACGAAGUGCCUUGUCACCUGCCUUUGUCGUAUUCA